CUCAUCUCCCCCCACACUCAUCUCAACAACGCUACUCCUAAAUCUUACUAAGCUUCUUCCCUUCUCUUCUCUCUCUCUCUCUCUCUCUCAGAAUCCAUCUCACAUUGGAUCUAGAGAACACACAGCGACACAAGGGUGAAGAAAAGAUGAACGACUUGAUGACGAAAUCGUUUAUGAGUUACGUUGACUUAAAAAAAGCAGCCAUGAAGGACAUGGAAGCAGGCCCUGAGUAUGAUCUUGAGAUGGCUUCUGCGGGAACAGACAAGGUUGGUGAGAAUCUCUCAUCUUUCUUAGAGGAAGCCGAGAAUGUGAAAGCAGAGAUUGGUUUGAUUCGUGAGACACUGGCUAGGGUCGAGCAGUACAACGAAGAGAGCAAAGGUGUGCACAAGGCCGAGUCCGUGAAGUCUCUUCGUAACAAGAUCUCUAACGAGAUUGUGUCUGGUUUGAGGAAGGCCAAAUCGAUUAAGACGAAGCUGGAAGAGAUGGAUAAAGCCAACAGGGAGAUCAAAAGGCUCUCUGGAACUCCGGUCUACAGGAGCAGAACAGCUGUGACCAAUGGGCUGAGGAAGAUGCUCAAGGAAGUGAUGAUGGAGUUUCAAGGACUCAGACAGAGGAUGAUGAGUGAGUACAAGGAGACUGUUGAGCGAAGGUACUUCACCGUCACUGGAGAACACCCUGAUGAUGAGAUGAUUGAGAAGAUCAUCACUGAUAACGCUGGAGGUGAAGAGUUUCUCACUCGUGCAAUCCAGGAGCAUGGUAGAGGGAAGGUCUUGGAAACUGUGGUUGAGAUUCAGGAUAGGUAUGAUGCUGCCAAGGAGAUUGAGAAGAGUCUCUUGGAGCUUCAUCAGGUGUUUCUGGAUAUGGCUGUCAUGGUUGAAUCACAAGGUGAACAGAUGGAUGAGAUUGAGCAUCAUGUAAUGAAUGCGAGCCAGUACGUGAACGAUGGAGCUAAUGAGCUGAAGACUGCAAAGAGUCAUCAGAGAAGCAGCAGGAAGUGGAUGUUCAUUGGUAUCAUUGUGCUGCUUUUGAUCAUUCUCAUUGUUGUUAUCCCAAUCAUUACCAGUUUCAGCUCUUCUUGAGUUACUUUGUUUAACACCCUUGUGUUUUGCUUCGCCCAAAGGAUGUCUUAAUCCUUUUGUGUUGUGUAUCCAAUUUAAUGAAAAAAUGAAUGUUUUACAAAGAUA